GAUAAGCUUGCUAAAGAAGAGCAAAGUAGCAGCAUUAACCUAAACAAGCUGAAUGUUCAGUGGCGUGCAGUGCUGCGGGAGGUGAAGGCCAAGGAGUUACGGAAAGAUAUAGAAAUACUCAGUCAGACCUUUGAGAGAGUUGUAGAUUGCAAGAACAAUGUCAUCAAGUCUUUGAUAAAGGAUGUAGAGGAGGCAGAUGAGCAAUACACACAUGCCUUACGUAGUCACCUCCAGAACAUCGACCAGUUAUUGGAGCUUCAAAGGGAACGUCUUGAUCUGCUACAAGAAGAAUAUCAGCAAGAACUGGACACUGUGUUGCAGGAAUUUGAUACAGAAAGAAAGAUGAUCACGGAGCAAGAAGACAAGGAGAUACUGUAUUUGCAGAAUGUGAUGCUGGCCAUGGAACAGAACACACUGGAGAGUGAGGGUGAAGCUAAGCAAGAAUUUCAGAGUAUGAGAGAUGAGAUAAAAAACAAGAGUUUGGAGGAGAAACAUUCCCUACGUAUGAUUUUGGAGAACACAAUAGAAGACCUCUGGAAACAAGUUCAACAAGCUCAGAAAAACUACAUGAAUGCCACAGAAGACCGCAAGAUUGCCUUUGAAACCUUGAAAGCAAAAGAUGAGAAAAGUGCAGAAGAAAUUGCAUAUCAGAUGAAAAAGCUUCAGAAGAUCCAGGAGUCAAUAAACACCCUCAGAAACAAGAUUUCAGCUCACACUCGUGACAGUGAAGAACAGAACCGGCGGCUGCGGGAGGAUAAAGAAGUGGUGCACAAACAGUUCCUGAAGCUGAAACAGCAGAUGAAUCAGGCCAGGGCAGCUGAACACAGUCGUCUUACCACCUUACUGUACAAAGCAAUGCUGCACUGAAAGAACUGCAAAGAGUAAUAGACAAGGGUGAGCAGAUCCUUCGGCUGGCAGAGAUGUGCAGAAAGUUGGAAACCGAGGAAGAGAAAGUUCUGCCAUUCUACCCAUCAUCCCUUAGUGAUGCAGAGAAAGAGGAGGCAGAAAAAGCCAGCAUGGAGAAGCCAUCUGAACAGCUGGCACUGUUAAUGCAGGACUAUACUGCACUGGACCAGUUUUGGAAGAGGCACAAUAAGGUACUGCUGGAACGUUGGGCACUGGAACGUGAAAAAACUGUCCUGUCCCAAGACAACCAGAAUCUCCGCAUUUUGCUCAAGCAAUACCUGGAUGGCAUCUCUGUCAGUAAUGAGGUUCUCAGUCAGCAGAACCCACUUCUCAUGCUCAACAACCGCAGCAGCUUACAGCAGAAAGUUCUCCCACAAGUCCCUGUCACUGACAAGAGAGUCCAGCGCCCUGUGCAUAAUGUCAUUGAAGCUGCCCAUGUAGUUAGCCGUAUUUUGUAA